AUGACAAUCGAAAGGGACAUCGAGGAAUCGAUACCUUACCUGGUGAGCGAUGAAAAAUCCGCCGAGUUCAAACACCAGGAGCCUACAACUCCGGAUACGGUUAAACCGUGGGUUCAUUUCGUUGCUGGUGGUAUAGGUGGUAUGGCAGGUGCUGUUUGUACUUCUCCGUUCGAUGUUGUGAAAACUAGGUUACAAUCAAGUGUCUACAGAGACCUGUACAUGUCGCAGAAUACGCAGGGCAACUUCAUCACCAAGGGGUUGGGCCAUUUUAGAGAAACAAUCACGAUAUUGAGAGAUGUUCGCAAAGUCGAGGGCUCGAGGGCCCUGUUUAAAGGUUUGGGUCCAAACCUGGUCGGUGUGAUACCCGCAAGAUCCAUCAAUUUUUUCACGUACGGCUACGGCAAAGAUGUGUUGGUGGAGAAGUUUUUUGAUGGAAAAGAGAAUUCUGUGGUUCAUCUGCUAGCAGGUAUCAACGCCGGGUUUGUGACAAGUACGGCUACUAACCCAAUAUGGCUAGUCAAGACGAGACUCCAAUUGGACAGAGCCACGAAGAGAGAGUACAAAAACUCCCUCGACUGCAUUGCCAAAAUAAUGAGAAACGAAGGAAUAACUGCAUUUUACAGGGGACUGACUGCUUCAUACCUUGGGUCUGUGGAGUCCACUUUACAAUGGGUCCUUUACGAACAGAUGAAAAGUAUCAUCAAUAACAGAGCCGAGAAACUCAAGCAGUCAGGAAGAGAGAGGACGGCGAUGGACUCUUUCUUUGACUGGUCUGCUCGUUCUGGAGCUGCUGGUGCUGCCAAGUUUGUGGCCUCCAUGAUAACGUAUCCCCAUGAGGUUGUUAGGACCAGAUUGAGACAGGCACCUACCGAGAACGGCAAGGCGAAAUACACUGGUCUGAUCCAGUGUUUCAAACUAAUAAUUAAGGAAGAAGGUCUGGCCUCAAUGUAUGGAGGAUUGACGCCCCAUUUGAUGAGAACAGUCCCCAACAGUGUUAUCAUGUUUGGAACAUGGGAGGUGUUCACCACGUUGCUCAGUUGA